CUUAAUGUUAUAAAACAAUUAAAAAUCCAGAAAAGUCACUCUCACACACAAGAAAAAAGAUAACAAAAGUGAGAAAAAAUUAAAAGGCAGCGUUGAAGAAACUCUUGUUCUUCUCUUCUUCCACCUACAAAAACAAAAACCCCACGAAAAUUAAAGGAAAAACCCCCUUUUUUUCUUUGCUUCAACGCGUAAUUAGCACCUUGAAUUUUUCUAAUUUUCCCACUCUUAAAUCUUUUAUAUUAAAAGGAAGUUGUGGGUUAUUAUUCAAUUGUUGAAGUUUCAAACAUCAGAACAAGUUAACUACCCAACAAACACCACCAACAACAAGAAAUAAAAGAGGGGUAAAGUUUCUUUUUUUUUUUCUUGAUUUGAAGAGAAUUUUUUGAUUUAGAGGGAAGAAAUUUGUCUUUGUUUUUUAUUUUUAGGAUAUUUUUUGAUCUGGGUAUUUAGGGUUUUUGUUUUUUUUUUUUUUUGAUUUGGGUGAUUUUUUGAUUUGGGUGAUUUAGUUGUAUUAUCUUUGAGAUUUAAGAAUUGGGUUGUGAUUAAAACCCUAGAAUUUGGGGUCGAAAAUGGCAACUGCAGCUGCAUUUUCGUCGUUGCGACGGCGAAGGUCCCCGCCAUUGGAGGCAUUUCUUGCUCCGGUUGACCUGACCGAUGGCGGGAUUGUUAGAACAUUGUUAUCUGUUGCUAAUGAAUUAGUUGAAUUGCAUUCUGGGAAGAAAUUGCCGUUUCAGAGGAAGAAUUUCACCUCUUUGGUUAGGAAGAUUGAGGUGUUUGUUGUUCUAUUGGAUUUCUUGAAGGAAUUUCGGUCAUGUUCAAGAUUUUCGUACACGGCAAUUAUGUGCUUUAAAGAGCUUCAUUUGCUGUUCUAUAGAUGCAAAAUAUUGUUGGAUUAUUGUGCACAGUCUAGUAAAAUGUGGAUGCUCUUACAAAACCAGUCAAUUUCAGGGCAUUUUCAUGAUCUUAAUCAAGAGAUUUCGACCCUUUUGGAUGUUCUUCCCAUUAAAGAGCUCAGUUUGAGUGAGGAUGUUAGAGAGCAGAUGGAGUUGUUGCAGCGGCAGUUGGGAAGAACUAAGUGCUUAGUGGAUAAGCAUGAUGAGAUGUUGAGGCGUCGUUUGUAUUCUUUCUUGAAUGAAUUUGAGAAUGGUGAGGUUCCUAAUUCAAAUGAGCUUUGGUUUUUCUUUGUUGAUCAGUUGAGAAUUCGAGAUGCCAAGAGUUGCCGAGAUGAAAUUGAGUUCUUAGAGGAUCAGAUUGUUAAUCAUGAGGGGGAUGUGGAACCCACGGCUGCAGUGCUUAAUGGGUUUGUGGCACUCACACGUUAUUGCAGGUUUAUGCUAUUUGGGUUUGAAGAGGAGGAGAUGGAGGUAGGAGCUGGGAGCCACAAGAAAGUGAGGAAAGGAAUGAUGACUCAGGAGAUUGCGGAGACUUUUCUUACGAUUCCGAAGGAUUUUUGUUGCCCCAUAUCGCUGGAUUUGAUGCAAGAUCCAGUGAUUGUAUCUACUGGGCAGACCUAUGAUCGGUCUUCUAUAUCAAGAUGGUUGGAUGAAGGACAUUACACUUGUCCAAAGACAGGUCAAAUGCUUUCUCAUACACGGCUGAUUCCUAAUCGGGCACUUAGGAAUCUGAUUACUCAAUGGUCUGCAGCUCUUGGAGUUCCUUCUGAGCAACCAGAGGGUGCAGAGUCCUCUUGGGAGUUAGCUGCAGCUUCAUCUUCAAAGGCUGCAGUUGCAGCGAAUCAGGCUACAGCGUAUCUCCUUAUCCAACAACUCGCUUCUGGGUCAGAGGAUGGGCAAGCUAUUGCUGCUCGGGAGAUCCGGUUGUUGGCGAAAACAGGCAAGGAAAACCGUGCUUUUAUUGCAGAAGCUGGUGCAGUUCCCCAUCUCAAGCGGCUAUUGUCAUCAAGAAAUGCAAUUGCUCAAGAGAACUCUGUUACUGCAAUGCUUAAUCUUUCAAUUUUUGACAAGAAUAAGAGCAAGAUCAUGGAGGAAGAAGGGUGUUUGACGUCCAUUGUUGAUGUUCUAAGAUUUGGACACACGACUGAGGCAAGAGAAAAUGCUGCUGCAACUUUGUUUAGCCUCUCAGCAGUUCAUGACUAUAAGAAGAGAAUUGCUGAUGAAAAUGGGGCUGUUGAAGCUCUUGCUAAUCUGUUGAGGGAUGGGACUCCCAGAGGCAAGAAAGAUGCAAUUACUGCGCUGUUCAAUCUUUCCACACAUACAGGGAAUUGUGCAAGGAUGAUUGAAUCUGGUGCAGUGGCCGCAGUUGUGGGAGCUGUAGGGGUUGAGGGGGUAUCUGAAGAGGCAGCUGGUGCAUUGGCCUUGAUAGUGAGGCAGCCUGCUGGGGCUGAGGCUCUCGGGAGAGAGGAAAUGGCAGUGGCUGGUUUGCUCGGGAUGAUGCGUUGUGGGACCCCCCGAGCAAAGGAGAAUGCAGUUGCCGCAUUGUUGGAGCUUUGUCGGAGUGGUGGGGCUGCAACUGAAAGGGUGCUUAAGGCACCGGCUUUGGCGGGUUUGCUUCAAACCUUACUAUUCACUGGAACAAAACGUGCUAGGAGGAAGGCAGCAUCCCUUGCUAGAGUUUUCCAGAGGCGAGAGAAUGCAGCUUUGCAUUAUGGUGGGUUGGGAGUUGGAUAUCAGUUAGCCGGGAACUCGACUACCAACAGAGAUACAACAAGUUUUGUUGGUGAUGUCUCAGUGCCCAUGUCAAUAUCAGUUCCAGUUGCGCAAGGUUAAGAACUCAUCGCACCCUUUUGUUUUUAUGUUUGUAAAUGUAUAUCUCUGUAUUCUCAAAUUUUGGUUGGCAAAUGUUGACAUUCUUUUAUUCAAAUACGAGGCAAGAGUAACGAAAUAUAGGAAUACUAUACCUUA